GUGGCUUUUUCAUCUUUGGAGUCUCUACUACUAAUCUCCGGUCUCCUCGUCUCGUUUCGACGUUUCCUCUUCGUCCCACCGGUGACGUCAGUACCGUCACCCAUCCUCACCGGCUGCCGGCACCCGCCCGCCGCUGAUCGCCGCCGCCGUGCCACGACCCCUCGUGGGUUUAGAUCAGGCCCAAAUCGCGAGCCGCGCUCGCACGCCUAGCGCGAUGGCGCACCCGAUGUACGGCUCCGGGCCGCUCCGAUCCAGGAACGCGGCAAACUCGGACGAAAUCCAGCUGCGGAUCGACCCGGUGCACGGGGACCUCGACGAGGAGAUCGAUGGGCUGCACUCCAGGGUCCGCAUGCUCAAAGGGGUGGCCCAGGAGAUAAAUUCUGAAGCCAAGUUCCAGAAUGAUUUUCUUCAUGAACUGCAAAUGACCCUUGCAAAAGCUCAGGCUGGAGUGAAGAACAACAUGCGGAGGUUGAACAAGAGCAUCAUCCAGCAGGGCUCAAACCAUGUUCUCCAUGUUGUCCUCUUUGCACUGUUUUGCUUCUUCGUUGUCUACCUCUUGUCAAAGUUCUCUAGAAGAUAGUUCCCGUCUUCGAUGGGAAAAUCUAGGAUACCAUGACUUGUAUGUAGUCUAAAGAAGAAAAAUGCUAUUGUACUUCUGGCUGGCCUUGUAUCCUCAGUCUUUUUGUCGAAAUUCGAAACAAACCAGAAAAGGAAACACAAAGAUUAGUCUAACCUCAUCCACUGAUCCGUAUGA